CCUCAAUAGAAUAACAAUGAUCAACCUCUUGGUCCACCUCAAUAGAAUAAACAUUAUCAACCUUGACGUCCACCUCAAGGGCCGAAGAGAGGAUGGAGUCCGAUGCCACCGAGAUCGCGUCCACACCGCCCAUCCUGGAGGUGGAGCAGGCUCUGGAGGUCCUGUGCCGCGUGAAGCGCCGCUUCUCGCAGGAGCCGGACAUAUUUUGCUCCUUCCAGGACGCCAUGAGGGCCUUUCACGCUCCCAGCGUGGACCCGUGCGUGGCGCUAGCGCGAGUGGCGUCGGUGCUGUCCGGGCACCCCGACCUCAUCGCUGCGUUUAACUCUUUCCUCCCGCCCUCGUACCGCCUACGUGACCCGGGCCGCACGAAACCAACGAUGGCGACGACGAUAACACGGGACGUGACGGUGACGCCGAGUCCGGGAGACGGUGGCGUACGUCUCAAAGGGAAGGGGCGCAGCAGCGACACGGGAGAGAAAGCAGGCGUGGGCGUCGCAGCAGACGAGAGCUCGGAGUCGGGAGACACGAGGCUGGGAGCGACACAAAGCGGGGACACGGCGCUGAGCAUCGCAGCCUCCGGCAGUGGUGCAGUAGUUGCAGCUGUGCCUCCUGAUAAAGCCCCGGGUGGUGCAGGCUCAUGCAGCAUAGGUGCAGGUAGCCCCAAUGAAGGUAGCACAGGUGUUUGCCGUGAUGGAGGCGGCGGUGCAGCAGUAGGCGGGGAGAGAGGUGGUGGUCUACAUAUGGGAAGUGAUGGUGGUGGUGGUAGUGAGUGUGUGAGGGUGGAGGAAAGCAGUCGCACAUCUGUGGAGGCAGGUGGCAGUCUAUGUAAGGGCAGUGAUGGAAGUGAUAGGGUGAAAGCGGAGGAAACCAGUCGCACAUCUGUGGAGGGAGGCGGUAGUCUUCACAGGAGCAGUGAUGGUAGUGGUAGUGUAUGUGUGAGAGCGGAGGGAAGCAGUAGCACAUCUGUGGAGGGAGGCGGUAGUCUUCACAGGAGCAGUGAUGGUAGUGGUAGUGUAUGUGUGAGAGCAGAGGAAACCAGUUGCACAUCUGUGGAGGGAGGCAUUACCCUACACAGGGGCAGUGAUGGUAGCGGUAGUGUAUGUGUGAGAGUGGAGGAAACCAGUCGCACAUCUGUGGAGGGAGGCAGUACUCUACACAGGAGCAGUGAUGGUAGUGGUAGUGUAUGUGUGAGAGCGGAGGUAGGCGGUAGUCUACACAGCAGCAGUGAUGGUAGUGGUAGUGUAUGUGUGAGAGCGGAGGUAGGCAGUACCCUACACAGCAGCAGUGAUGGUAGCGGUAGUGUAUGUGUGAGAGCGGAGGAAACCAGUAGCGCAUCUGUGGAGGGAGGCGGUAGCCUACACAGGGGUGGUGAUGGCGGUGGUAGUGUGUGUAUGAGGGCAGAGGGAAGCAGGAGCACGGCUGUGGUUGUAGAGGGAGGUGGUGCUGCGGUUGUGCGCGGGGAGGAGGGAGCUGAUGGUUCCAGCUCGCGUCCCUCCGGGUUCUCAGCGGCAGCGGCGCUGGUGAGCGCGGUAAAGGCGCGAUUCCUCCUCCGCCCGGACGUGUGCCGCCGCUUCCUGCACGUGCUGCACACCCAUCAGAACCAGUGGGAUGCGUCGCGUGAGGAGGGUGCGCCUUGUUGCGAUGCGCGUCUCGGUGUGCGCGAGUGCGAUGGGGACGAGGUGCCUGGGGGCGCGCGUGAGGCUGUGCCCGAUGGCGAAGGUGAAGGUCUGGGUGAGGUUGAGUGUGCGGGUGGCGAUGGUGAUGAGAGCGAGGGUGAGUGGGAGGGUGAGCGCUGCGAGGCGCUGUCUCGCCGGGAGGUGUGUGCCCAGCUGUGCGAGCUGCUCAAGGGGGAGGAAGACCUCCUCGUUGAGUUAAAGAAGUUCCUGCAAGUUGACCAGGGCUCGGACUCGCCGGCUGGGGACGCCGGCGACAGCCGCGGUGCGGUUGCCAAGAGGCGAGCGCCAACACCGGGGCCUGAACCAGCGUCGGGGCCAGUUGCCGCCAAGCGACCAAGGAUGCCGAGCCUGCGCGACCCAAGUCUGGCAGCUGCCGGGAUGCACGGGACGCUGCGUGAGAUCUCCUUCUUCGACCGGGUGCGCUGUGCGCUGCACAGCCCUGAGGUGUAUGAGAACUUCCUGCGCUGUGUUCAGCUCUUCAACCACAACCACGUGUCUCCCUCGGCACUGCUGGACAUGGCUCGGCCAUUCCUGGGGAAGUUCCCGGAGCUGCUGGUGGAGCUGCGGAACCUCCUGGAGGACGUGCGGUCGGAGGGUGCGGGUUUGGGCGCGGUGCCGGGUGUUGUUGCCACGGAGACUGGGGCUCGAGGCUGCGGUCGGCGCGUCGGCCCAAGUUACCGGUCCCUGCCGGAGACGUACGAGCAGCCGCGCAGCAGCACGCGCACGGCGCUGUGCCGCGAGGUGCUGAACGACACAUGGGCAUCGUUCCCAUCGUGGUCCGAGGACUCGACGUUCGUGAGCUCCAAGAAGACGCACUUCGAGGAGAGCAUCUACCGCUGCGAGGAUGAGCGCUUCGAGCUGGACGUGGUGCUGGAGACGAACCUGGCGACGGUGCGGGUGCUGGAGAGCGUGCUCAAGCGGCUGGCGCGGCUGCCGGCCGAGGAGCAGGCGCGCUUCCGCCUGGACGACGCGCUGGGCGGCUCCUCCGAGGUGGUGCACCGCAAGGCGCUGCAGCGCGCGUAUGGGGAGCGCGGGGCGACCGACAUCGUCGCCGCGCUCAAGCUCAACCCGGCCGCCACCAUCCCCCAUGUGCUCAAGAGGCUGAAGGCGCGCGAGGACGAGUGGCGCGAGGCUCAGCGCGGGUUCACGCGGCUUUGGCGCGAUCAGGGCGAGCGCUUCCAGGUUCGCUCCCUCGACCACCGCGGCAUCACCUUCCGCUCGGCCGACACCAAGGCGCUGCGCACCAAGGCCCUCGUCAACGAGAUCACGGCCCUGCGCGACGAGCGUGUGGAGCAGCAGGGCGGUGUGCAUGUCGGCGCUGUGCGUGGAGGGGCGGCGCUCGCCGGGCCUCACCUGUGCCUGCAGUAUGCCGACCGCUCCGUGUUGCCCGAUGCGGCCGCACUCAUCCUGCACCAGGCACGGCACCAGGCCGGUCUGCGGGGCGCGGAGCUGAGACGCGCAGCAAAGAUCCUCCUGUUCCUGCUGCCAGACGUCCUCUUCACGGCCCGCGCGGACGCCUCGCUCAUCCCACAGGAUGACAGCGACGAGGAUGAGGAGGAGGAGGCGGCUGGUGCUGCUGGAGGAAGCGGCGGUGGCGGCAGCGGUGGCGGAGCAGCGGAGGCCGAGGGCGCCGGCAGCGGCGAAGACGGGCGGUGCCGGGAAGAGCGCCGGUGCCGUAUGGUGGAGCGUGGAGAGCGGCCCAUCGGCCUCCGUGAGCGGCCCAGCCCCACCGUGUCCGACGGGGGAGCCGCACGCGACGCCGGCGAGCAGCGAGGAUCCGGCGGGGAGCAGCGGGGAGGCAACUUGGAGCAGCGGGGAGGCAACUUGGAGCAGCGAGGGAACGUCCCGGAGCAACGAGGUGCCAGUUCGGAGCAGCGAAGGGCCAGCGGGACCAGCGCGGAGCAGGAGGGAGACUUUGCGACCAGCUCCCUGGAGCAGGCUCGCGAGCUGAGCGCUGUGGACGGCGUGUACACGCUGCUGUUCGCCAACACCAGCUGGUACGUCUUCCUGCGCCUCCACCAGCUGCUGUGCGCCCGCCUGCUCGCCAUCCGCUCCGAGACGAGCACCGCCACACCCGGCCUCAGCAGGGAGCAGAGGGAAGUGCGGCGGGACGAUGCUGACCGAGGCGGCGCCGACAGGGACGGGGCGAGUGCCGGAGACGGCGGCACCGUCACCGCCGCCGCCGGCGUCAGCGCCGGGGAGGGGACUCGUCGCUCGUCCGCGGCGGAGCUGUGCGGCCCCGCGUCGACGACGGCCCCGGACGGGCCGGACGGACACUACGGCGCGUUCCUGCGGCACGUGCGCGACCUGGUGGACGGGCAGCUCGAGGCGCCCGAGUACGAGGAGCGGCUGCGCGAGGCCUACGGCGUCACGGCCUACGUGGCCUACAGCAUGGACCGCCUCCUGCAGAACGCCUGCCGCCAGCUUCAGCACAUGGUGUGCGACGAGGCGUGCGCCGGCGUGCUGGCGCUCUACCUGGACGGGUGCCGGGGCGGCGCGAGCGGGGGGGUCCUUGCCUCCCAGGCCGUGCGGGCGCCGCUCGAGGCCUCGUACCAGCGGCAAGCACGGCGCCUCCUGCCCGACGAGCACUGCUACAAGGUGAUGUUCGUGAAGACCGACGGCUGUGUGCUCAUGACCAUGGAGCUGUUGGAUGUGGAGGAGGAUUCUCCAGUCGACCUGCAGGAAAUACAGAAGUGGAGCGACUACGUGCAGCGCUACGCGGGGUCCGUGGAGACGUCCCCCGUCGUGGCGUCGCGAGCCCCCAUCUUCCUCGGGAGGAACCUGUGGGCUGGCGGGUCGCGCACCCGCACCCCGCCCGGCGGGAGCCGCGUGGUUUUCUCGGAGGGGCUGCGCUGCAGCUUCCGCCCGCGCUCGUUCCGCAUGCUCUACGUGAUACACUCGGAGGACGUGCUGUACCGGCGCGGUGCGCUGCGCGCCGCCAGGCAGACGCUGACGGCCUGCUCGGAGAGGCGGCGCAGAGCGUUCAGGAGGUUCGUGCGGACCUGGCGGGAGAGGAGGGCGAGCCGGGCCGAGGCGGAGGGCGGUCGCGUCGCGUAGCCUCCCGCGUUCCCGUGACCCUCGCCACGUUCCAUUCAACUCCCGCCGACGCCACCCACGCCCCGGGUGCCUUCAGUGGGCACACACACCAUGCGCCCCGCUAAUAUUACCCACAAUAUUCAAACCACCCACGCAGCACAUAAGGUCACGCCACCUGCACUACCAUCAUGCACACCACACCGGCACCACGGGUGGAGUGUGUGGUCACCGCAUCGCGUGCGGUCAGAUGCGCUUUUGCGGUCGUCUGGAACGCUCGUCCUUCUGAUAUUAGGAAGCCAUUGGGAGCUGCGCACUUUUGCAUCCAGAUUGAAAUCUCAUUUAUUUAGAACUGCUUUUUGUAGUUUGUCCUUCCCCCGCACCUCCGAUUAGCACGGUUGUCUAUGUAUGGUGCGAAAGAAAUUCAACAUGUGUACAUACAUACCACCAUCUAAAAUAGAGGUGUUUUUUUGGGGUUAGAUCGCGUAAAUAUAUUAAAGGGUUGUCACAUAACAACCCUUACUGACAACCCUUACUAGUUGGCUGUGUCGGGUGGUGGCAGGUUUUAACGACACAUUUAUAUAUUUACGCGAUCUCACCCCCCAAAAAAACCUCCCUCUAUCAUGGAUGAUAUUGGUCGCGAAAGCCUACGUGUUCAACAUACCACCCUCUCUUAUGCCUUUCCACGCUACCCACGUCUCCUAUACCAACCCGACAUCACCUACAUCUCUAAUCGCCCGUCCCGCCGACACCUCCCGCUUCUCUCCCGCGUGCCUUGGAUGGUGGCUCCAUCCCGCUGAAGGUGCCCCACCCCGUGCCGCGCGAGUUCUGAGCGAGUGUGGGCAAUGUUUGUACCUUCACCCGGAGCCGCCGCUCCUACGCAGAGACGCCAGCUGCACCCACGUCCAUUUAAUUCGCUCGUUGAGAGCUCAAUACCUGCACUGUGUAAAUAUAUAUGAACGUGUACAACUGUUGUGUUGUUUUAUAAUUGUUAACCCGUGUUGUCUCGGUGUUUCUAAACUAAUUAAAACAACUUGCCAACGG